GCCGUUCCCCGCAACCCCCUGUCUGUCGACCCCAAUCUCACAUCCUCCUCUCCAGAUCAGAUCUUACGCCCGCCCGAGCUGGUAGCAGCAACUCUUCUGCUGCAGCCUUCUUGGCCGCCAAAAGGAAAUCAUGCUCUUCAAAAUCCACUCCCAUGCCCAAGUCCAAGACCUGCAGGCCCGCUCCGAUGAGCUGGGCCACUCCAAUGAGGACAUGCUUGUGAAUCUUGUCUCUCUGGAGUCGGUGCGCAUAGCGCGCGAGUCGUAUGCACUCCUCUGCCCGCUGAUCAUGGAGUCGAGCUCCUGGAAAUGCCCGGAGCUGGAUUCCCUCUCGGAUGUGGCAGGCUUGUCGCUGGAAAUUCAAAAGCUCGAGCAUGAUGUGUUACCCCAGCUCAUGGUUCAGGAGGCUAAGCUGGAACGGGGCGCCCUGGAAGCCCUCCUACUCAUGAAGAGCUCAGCAAUUAAGCUCUUACAUAUGAGGAAGUGCUUUAAGGAAGCCUUGGGCGUAUUGCUUGCCGAGGAGGAUCUGGUCUCAGCCAAAGUCAAAAAGCUGAGCAUAGUGCUAGACGAUACUGCUGUUCAUGUACUCAAAGGUAAUCGCAGCAUUGUCUUGCUUCAGGAGCGUGUCCCUAUUCUGGUCCAGCUGGUCACCGAUGUGUUGGAGACCCCGGUUCGUUUCUGUGAUCCUCGUGAGUAUUCUGAUGAGUAGACUUAUCAGCCAGCU